UCGCACAUCUCUCUCUCUCUCUCCACUUCUUGCGUGAUCGCACACACAUAAAAGCACAUACCCAACUUCCAUGGAGCUGCAGAAACGCACCUUUAUUUGGGUUCGCUCUCACUCCUAACUCAACUAGUUUUUGCUACUUCUAAUUAAAAUUGAUUUUCCAACACACCCCCUAAUCAUAAUGCUCUCAUCAAUCAUGUCGAAUACUCGGUCCAAACAGAGCUUGAAUCUCAUCUUCUUGUCACGUCUCACAUUGCAUCUCGUCUUCUUGUCACCCACAGUCGUGUUCGCCUCCGAACAAUUGCAAAACGUGCGUGCAGGGCGCCAAAUGUCCUUUCCGCAUCCUUCCCACAUGCUUCUUGCAUCCUUGCAAAUAGUCUCUUGUGUACUUGCGGUUGAAAAAUUGUCUCGACGAUAGUUGCCCACUUCGGAUAACUACCAUCAACAAAAAACAUGUUAAUGGUAUAUUCAUAUUUCAAAAGAAACAUGUUUUGUGAGGUUUUUUUUUUAUUUAUAGAUAGAGAUGAAUUGAGAAUGGUAGAUGGUAGAGUUAAACGGUUGAUGGAGAAGGGUAGAUUAGAUAUGGUAAGUGAAAAUGGUAGAUGGAGUUAAUCGAUGGAAGUUAGUUAGAAAAAGGAUAGAGGCCAACUUCGAGUAAAAAGAAUACUAAGAAAAGAAUUAGUAUCGGUAAAAGGAAAAGAAAGAAUCUUCAACACUACUAUGAUGUUCACGAGGCUAAAAAGUAUUCUGACAUUCUUACUGAAUGCUUUCACGAGAUUUUUGUAGAAAAAACGAGGCAAUUCUACAACAUUAUAAAAAAGACCUGCAAGAAAAUGGUGUGAUGUCAGCAAAGGAAGCCCAAAGAUUAAUGAGGGAAAUUAUUGAAAAAAACGAGCCUGCAAAUGACAAUGCACUAUUGGUUUUUUAUUUUGGUCAAAUGACACAAUUCGUACCCAGUUUGUGGAAAUGGAUCGUCAAAAUGACUUGCUUCGGACAAGAAACCACCCUUUCAGCAAAGAACGCUUCCAAAUGGCCGAAUUAACCUCAACUAAAACUCCAACGGCCUACAACCGAUUACAAGAGCUAAAAGCCUUCGACGACUCAAAAUCCGGCGUCAAAGGCCUGGUCGACGCCGGCAUCCAAACCAUCCCCAAAAUAUUCGUCCGACCCACCGACGACCUCGCCGCCGACUACCCAAUUUGCCAAACCCACCUCGCAAUUCCAAUCAUUGACCUCGGGACUAAGGGACCCACAACCGUCGACGCAGUCCGGCAGGCGGCGGAGACUCUGGGUUUCUUCCAGGUGGUGAACCACGGGGUACCCGGGAGGGUGUUGGAGGAGAUGUUGGCGGCGGCGCGUGGGUUCCACGAGAUGGAGAAGGAGGUGAAGCUGGGAUUUUACUCGCGUGAGGCGGAGAGGAGGGUGAAGUUUGGGAGUAACUUCGAUUUGUAUCAGUCACCGUUUGCUAAUUGGAGGGACACCUUUCUCUGUGCUAUGGAUCCUGAGCCUCUUGAUCCACUUGAGUUGCCUGAGGUUUGCAGAGAUAUAACAAUGGAGUAUUCAAAGCAAAUAAAGAGACUAGGCAGUACUUUAUUUGAACUACUAUCAGAGGCGCUUAGGCUCAAACCUGACCACCUAAUUGGCUUGGAUUGUACAAAGGGGCAUGCAAUCCUGUGUCACUAUUACCCUGCUUGCCCAGAGCCGGAACUGACCAUGGGCACAACCAAACACUCAGAUCCAGAUUUUCUCACAAUCCUACUUCAAGAUGAUUUUGGGGGACUCCAAGUUCUCCAUCAAAACCGGUGGGUCAAUGUUCCUCCUGUUUCUGGAGCUUUAGUUGUGAAUAUUGGAGAUCUCUUACAGCUUGUAUCUAAUGACAAAUUCGUAAGUGUUGAGCACAGAGUCUUGGCAAACCAUGUGGGCCCAAGAGUGUCCGUGGCAUGCUUUUUCAACACACAUGGUUAUCCGUCGACAAAGAUGUAUGGCCCUAUCAAGGAACUGUUGUCAGAAGACAAUCCGCCUGUUUAUAGAGAAACGACGGUGAAAGACUUCGUUGCAUACUACGAUUCAAAAGGGCUUGACGGAAAAUCUGCUCUCACUUAUUUCAAGUUGUGAAGAUCCCAAAGCAGUUAACUAUGGCUGCAACAAUACUUUAGGGCUGCCUUAAUUCCAAGUUAUGCUUUCAUGUUUAAAAACAGUAUCGGGUACCAAUAGAAGAUGUUUACUUUGUCAUCUCCUCGGAAAUCUACUUGCCAUGUAUUGAGCAACAUUUGAGUGUGUCGUUCAGAUUUGAGAUUGUGGAGCACAAUUCUGCUCCUUAUUCACAAAAUGUAAUAUUAAUAGUGGGGUAGUACAUGAGGAUGUCAACAUUGUGCUCGUAAGAUAUGUGCGCGCUUUAGUUUUCAUUGUUGAUAGAUCUAAAUGAUGUUCUGUGUUCUGGUGCAUUUGAAU